GUCGGGUUAAAUUUUAUUACUCAGUUGGAAUAUCGCUCUUAGUCCGGCGCGCGAGGAGUCGGGUGAAAUUUUAAAAAACCUUUGGAUGUUCUUAGGAAAUACUCUUACACUUCAAGAACAAGUUUGUUAUUACUCAUACAAAGUUCCUCGUUUUGAAGAUGUUCGAAACAGCUCUUAUCUUGUUGUACUUAACAGCAGUGGUAAAAACUAAAGAAGAGGGCGUUUACUUUGAAGUCAGGGAAAAUCAUUUCCUCUUUGAUGAAAACACUGUUUGGGAUCAAAAGGUCGACUCUUUGCUUUCGUGCUCACAAAUUUGCGGGAGAAGAAACGACUGUAAAUACGUUAACUUUAAAAAAGACCAAGGAAUAUGUUCAAUAAGCGACAGACAGUCUUGUGGAAAGGUCGUACAACGAAAAGGGUAUUUUUAUUUGAAGAAGGUAGGUUAUUUGAGCUUUAUUUUUGACAGCUGUGAUUCACAGUUGUUUUGUGGAGGAAAUGGAUUUAGAGGAUGAUUACAAAAACGUAUUUACAUUUGGUGCGGAGGCCAAUAAAACAGAAUUACACUAGAGAUGGCGGAUUAUCCGUCUGACAGACGGAUAAAAUUAGACGGAUUAUUCCUCCAAAAUGGACAGCGUCACUUUUCUACAUUAAGACGUAUUCAUCCUUCUGACUCGGACUAUCCGACAGAAAAUCCGUCUCUAUAGCGUUAAAACUUCUAAAUGAAUUCGAAUAUUCAAUGUAAUAUAUAAAAUGACUGAUCCAUUGUGAUUUUCUAUAAGAUAUAUGACAUUUUAUCUGAUAGCGUAGAUCUCAUCUCAGGUUUUCAGACAAAUUUUAUUGCUUGCGGGGUUGUAGAGCUCCAAAACUAAUUCCGAUAUUAUUAAGGCCGUCGUAGGUUUGUAUUUUAUCUAAAGAUGUAUUUAAAAGACUAUUAAAGUAACUGAAUUUGCAAUAAGAUAGUUAUGCUAAAAAUGGCAUAUUAACCUUAUAUUUAUAUUACUAACAUAGUUUUAUUUCUAUAGGUUGAAUUAUCGGAGAGACCCAAACCAUUAGGUAAGUUUGUCAUCAUCAUCAUCAUCAUCAUCAUCAUCAUCAUCAUCACCGUGAUUAUGAUUAUGAUUAUUAUAAUUAGAGCGAUUUUCGUAUGACCUUGAAAAGUGGUUUCGGUAAGUGUGCGUUAUUUAUUUUAUCAGCCAUUGGAUGAAAAGAUCAAAACAUGGACUCUUCGUUUUCCCGCCAAAGAAAACGCUAAUAUGGAGAAGGCAUCCUUCGAUUGGCCAAUGGUGUUGCAGCAUGGCGUCAAAGCGAAGUAUCGACUGAUUUCUAGAAAGUUCUUGGGCGUGAGAAGUUUCUUCACCCGAGCGUUCGCUUAACCAAUCAAAAGCCAUGAGCGUUUGUAUCCGUUCGACAAACCAAACAUAUUGCUCUAUUUCCGUUCGUUUGUUGUUUCUGUUUUGUUCGCGCGUUUUCAUUUCAAGGUCAUACGAAAAUCGCUCUACGAUUAUGAUUAUGAUUAUUGUGAUUAUGAUUAUAAUUAUUAUUAUUAUUAUUUGGCCCUUAUCAUUUCGCUCCCUUUUUAACCACUACGUUUUUUUAUUUAACACUGAUUUUUAAUUUGCGUGUGUAUAUAACCUUGUUUUCACAUCUUCAAAGCUCGUUAAGAAAUAGCUAAUUACUUCAAAUGAUUAUUAAGCGAUUCCUUCUGCAGGCACUACUCGGCAGGUAGCAGUUUCCUCGUGCCAGAUCCUCCGCAGUCAAUCUCCAAUUCCCACGUCGGGGAUUUACUGGAUUAAUCCUAAGGGAGAGUCCCAGGCCAACGCGUUCAAAGCUUACUGCGAGAUGGAAACUGACGGAGGAGGUUGGACCUUAGUUUGGAGUUAUACAUUCACGAAUUACUCUGCAUUCACGAGUAAAUCAAACGCGAUUACUCCAAGACCAAACUGGCCAGUCACAUCAAAUGUCGACGUACCCAUCUCAACGACGCCCCCAUUAAAUGAAACAGACUUCAAUGCUGUCAACUUUUCGGAGUGGAAACAACUAGGCAGCCGAGUCCUUAUCAAGAGCAAUAUAAACAACUGGCUUGUGUGUGAGCCUGGAACCGGAAGUUUGGUAAAUUGGCAAGACGGAAGUAUGAGCUGCCAGAUCGUUAAACACGUGACUGACAAGUGCAAAAUGACGUUGGCUCCUAGUAAAUUUGCUUCCAGUAAAGGCUAUGGACCAAUGUUUUACAGCACUGGUCACUGGAACAGCACCUACUACUACUUUGAUGGCUUCACAAGGAAUAACUGGCCUACCCAUGAUCCUUGUGGAAAGAACAGAGCAAAGCACCUGAAAAAUGUAGCAGAUCCACACGGAAAUAUCUAUAUUCGUUAGUUAUCCUCCUUUCGUUUCCACAGACAAAGGGCACGAAGACAAAGAAAAGUUCCUGUACUUAACAUUUCCUUGUAGCUUCAUUGUUUGCUCGGGAGAAACCGGUUUUUGACAUUAUGGCAAAAGUUUCGAAACUAAUUUAGAGAAGCUUAUGUAGUGAAAUAAUUGUCGACCAGAUAAUUGUAACCGUCAAGAGGUAACCGUAGCAGUUGUGUAAAUAAUGAGGCGAAAUUCAACCUGUACCCUUGUAUACUUGACUACUUUAUAAAAACAAAAGAAGAUACCGGCCAUGCAAUUGACUUGGAUUCGUUUCUUUCGUUCGUUCGUUC